GUCUAUAUCCGGGUUGCAUCCGAGGUUAACGAUACAUACAUUGGAGAUUUCCGAGUUCCCUGUUGUUUUGAAUGCGUCAUAGAAUGAAUAACUUUACUCAACAUAAAGGCUUGGCUUCUACAUUUAUUUUUUAUUCAAGGUAAAUUGUCGCACGUAUUGACAAAAACACUCACUUGCCAAAGUAGAUUCACAUGCAGAACGUCGUAUGUUUUCUACUGCCGCGUUCACGUGAUAGUCUGAAUUAAGACACGUUGUCAUUUUCUGACUUGCUACCUGGUUGUAAAUCAGAAAAGGCGGUACAUGUAUACAUACAAACAGGAAGCAGGAAGCAGUUGUUAUUCCACUAAAGUCUGAUCUGCACAACACGAAGCAAUGGUCGUUUAAAAUUUUGCUGAUCUGCUUUUCCACUGCCACCAUGGCCCAAAAGCUGGUAAUAAUCGACACAGAUGCAGGUAUAGAUGACGCCCAGGCGAUAAUGAUGGCCGCGGCCGUUCCAAGCCUGCAGAUCCUGGGGAUAACAUGCUGCUUCGGGAAUACUGAUGUGGACAACGUCUGUCAGAAUGUGCUGCUGGUGCUGUCUGUCUGUGAACGCACACAGAUUCCAGUGUUCCAGGGUGCUGCUGGUCCCCUGGUGGGGGCAACCAAGGCUUUCAGCGACCACUUUGGGACUGACGGGCUGGGAGAUGUGCUGGAGGACAGAGACCCACAGUGGAAGGAGAAGCUCCAGAGAGAACAUGCUGUUAAUGCCAUGAUCAGACUGGUAGCUGCCAACCCUAAACAGGUGUCCUUGGUGGCUCUUGGGCCGCUCACCAACCUGGCUCUCGCCAUCAGACUGGACCCUUCUUUCCAACAGAACCUGAAGGAGCUCGUCAUUAUGGGAGGCAACAUGGAGGGUAAAGGGAAUGUAUCUUUAUGUGGAGAGUUUAACUUUGUGAUGGAUCCUGAAUCUGCCUUCAUUGUCCUGGAGGAGUACCUCUGUCCUACACGCAUAGCAUCAUGGGAGUAUUGCUGUAGGAAUAAACUGGAAUGGGAAUUCUUUGAAAAGCUGAUUAACGAGGACACGCCUGCUGGUCGCUUCAUGAAGAUGAUCACGUCCAAGUGUUGGGGUUAUUCCAAGGAGGCCAUGCUGAGUAAGAGGGAUGUGUACUUCGGGCCUGGCUUUGUCUCCUACGAUGCUUAUGCAGUGGCAGCGUGUAUUGACAGCUCUGUGGUGACAGAGAGUAUAGAGUGUGCCGUCAGGGUGGAACUACAGGGGGAGCUAUGCAGAGGGAUGAUGGUUCUGGAUCAGAGGAACAAACUGAACAAAAGCCACCGUGUUUCUGUCAUGAAGACCUGUGAUCUGACCAAGUUCAGGCAGUUACUCAUGGCUUCCCUUAAACAACCCUGUAGGAAGUAGGCUACGAGACAGACCA